AUGAAGACGACACUCCUCACAGCUAGCUUUGUAUCGCUAGCAUCGCUGCUAUUCACCUCCCUCACCCAAGUCUCGGCGGGAGCAGUCCCAGUCCCCGACUACACGGUGCACCCCUUGCCUCUCGCUUCGACCUUCUACUGGUUCUCCUCGGUCGAGGUGGGCGUGUGCUACAGCCCUACAGCCCGCGUAGCCAGCAUCCCCGGUGCCCUUCACUGCACGCACCAAGAGAAAUACGAUAUCGACAACAACUCGUGGACGCUCCCGCAGACCUGUGUGGCGCUCAAGCCUCUCGGUGGUCCACUGUCGAGUGCGGUCCGGGACUCGUGCAAGAACGCUAAGGGCACAUUCAACGUCAUCACACCUGCGGGCAGCAAUGCGGAGGGCGGCCAGGCGUACGAUGCCAUUCAGAAAGGAGGCCCUGGAGGUGGUGGUGCGGGAGCAGGUGGUGAUGGUGCAAGCACAGACGAUUCGAAUGACGCUGAGGACAGCGGCAAGAAGAAGGACGGCGGACUGCUGGGCGGGCUCGGAAGCAUGUUCGGGAUGUAG